CACCUGGCGAUCCUGUUUGGUUGUGCUGUUGUAUUUAAGGGUUUAUGGACGUAUAUCACGGGUGGCCAUUUGGUGGUGUUCAGCGUGUGCAUGGGCGGCUUGUACUUGGCGAAGCUUAUGAAGCCCAAGGACGCUCUUGACGAGGAGAUUGAAAAGCUCGAUGCUGCGUUGGCAUUGGGCGGCGACGAGAUGAGGCCGUACGUCCGCCCGACCAAGUUUGUCAUUCCCGAGGCCAAUCGUGGCUUGUUCACUGCUCGACAACGCCAGUACUCGUCACUCCUGGGGGGAACCCAAACGCAACGACGAAAAUUCCUGCGCAAGAAAAAUCAUCAAGUGGACAUCAACGAGAGCCAAAGCGUCGAUGACAUUUCGCCAUCGCCGGUCGCCGCGACGCCUCCUGCAUCAACCGGUUUGGAGAAAUGCGUUCCCGCGCAAGCCACGCAUCGACGGCGGCGGCCAAAGCGCGUCUCGCUGGAUGAAUAAUAGAGGAUCUGCUGGCUAGUAUAUGCACUGCAUCUGGUACAAAAAUCCGUGCCAAAGCACCACGGACGGGCGCGUGGUCCCAAGGGCAUCCGCCGAAUGCCCAUGGUUUCAGGUUCCUUUGAUGCACAGCAGCAGAACCACAAUUGCCCAAGACGAUUAUCC